AUAUAUAUAUAUCUAACAUAUAAUUGUGGCCACAAAUGCAAUGUGUCAUGUCAUGAGAGAAUUCAUUUUUAUCAUCUAUGAAGAAGAGGAUACUGACGGGUUUGUUCAUAGCUGCUAUGAUAAUGAAUUUAACAAAAUCCACAUCCUAUCGCAAAAGAGCUACAUACGAAAUAUUAGCUGAGAUGCUGUAUAUAGCAAAAACAUGGGAUUCCAAGGAAUAUCACUCAGAUUAUGCAGCAAAUAAACAGACGAGAUACCCGAACAUCGACAAUACGGAUUCCAGCAAUGUACGAAGAAAGAAAAUUAGCUCCCUCUCGAUCACUAAUCCUAUGGAUGUUUUGAGGCAGCGCUUCAUUUUGGAAUUGGCCCGUAGGCGACAGAUGCAACAGCAGGAGCAGGCUAAGGCCAAUCGAGAAAUACUUAAUGAUAUUGGAAAACGAUCGGCUGAAUUUGAUAUAAUUUCUCCGAGUAUUCUAAUGAAUAGUGAAGAAGUAGAAUGCCAAUACACUCAUAAAGUGUUUUCUGACAAUCCAGACUAUAGUUAUAUAAAGAGUUUGGCUGGAUAUGAUGCGGAAAAUUCUCGUAAUUGAAAUAUUCAACUAGACCAACCUGCUGAGAUGGAACCAUAUGAGCUACAAGUGGUGUAACUCUCUUUUGCGCUAAAGAGGUUGAAGUAACUGACACCGAGUACAAUACUAUCAAUUCUGCAUACCUUAGAUUUUCCUUCAAUUCGCACUACAAUGAUGAGUUUUACAUUUUUGGAGCUAGUCCUGCAAUUCAAUAAUCUUAUUCUUAGCAAAAAAAAUGCUGGGAAAUUGUGUUCGAGAUGAACAGAAGAAAUGUCUACUUAUUUGUGCUUAGUUUAAGAAAACCAACGUAUUUAUUGAAUUUAACUACCUGUAGAUCAUAAAAUGUAUGAGAGUGGCGGUAAAAAUGGGAAAUUCGAUCUAUUUCCCAUGAAACAUUUCGAUUAUAUUGGCCAUGUAACCAUAAUUGUCUGUACAGAUAAAAGAAUAAAA